AUGUGGCUCUCUGUCUCCUAUUCCAUAUCAUGUUUUUAUUUAGCUACUAUAAAAGACGCUAAUGCUUAUGAAUUUUUACGCCUUAAUAUACCUGAUGCAUUACCUACUUUGACAACCAUUCAAGCAAAAUUAGCAAAAGAAGGACUUCGUGCAUUAGAAGGUGAAUUUCGUUACAAUGAUAUGAUUAAAUAUAUGUCUACAAUUGAUUCAAAGUUUGCAUUUUAUGCUGAAGAUUGUACUACCGUACAACGAAAAGUUGUUUAUGAUACUCGAUCAAACUCGUUUGUGGAUUUUACACCGCCACUCGACGAAUAUGGUAUGCCACCAAUGAGCCAUUUCCAAACAAACUCUAUCGAGGAUUUAAAGCGUUGGUUUGAACAGGAAGAUAUUUCUAAUUUGCUCAAUCUUUACAUGAUUCAACCAAUACAUAGCAACAAUCAAAAAAUUUCUCCUUAUGCACUUGCUGCCUAUGGAACAAAUGGGAAGUACACUUCGUUUGAUAUUAUUCGCCGUUGGUUUACAAUUUUUGAAGAAAGCUCAAAACAAGGUGUUCGAAUCUUGGGUUAUUCAACGGACGCCGAUCCCAGGUGUUUAUUGGCUAUGAAAUUAGUCUCCGGCUUUUUUGCCAUCUUAUUGAAUAGUCCAACAACACAACACUCUUUAUUAUUAACAGUUGAUAUACCGAAGUCUUGGUCAUGGUUUUUUUUACCGGCUCAACAGCUAUUCUUGUGUAUGCAAGAUUCGAUUCAUAUUUGUACGAAGCUUCGGAAUCGGCUUUUAUCAACGACAGCUGUUAUGAUGAUAGGAGAUGGCUUAGUUACUAUUGAUUAUUUGUUACGACUCAUCGAAUCACAAUCAAAAUUCAAUCAUAACUUGGUUAAGUCAGAUGUUUGUCCACAUGACAAACAAAAUUUUAGAUCAUGCGAAAAAUUAUGUGGUUCAAUAGAAUGUUUACAAGAAAUCAAUGGUUCACAUGCAACAGUCGUAUAUCUUAGUAUUAUUCGUUGUGUUAUGAUAGCAUUCAUUGAUUCAUCAUCACAAACAUCGGAUCGAAUUUAUUAUGCUUGGCUAGCAGUCUUCAUAUGUCGUUUAUGGCGAACAUGGCUUGAUUUAGUACCAAAACAAGAUUUAGAUAAUCGUAUAUCACAAAUGGCUAAUCUUUCGGAUAUUGCCAAAGAUAAAUGCAAACAAAAAGCUACUAAAAACAUUUUCUUUAUCACAUCAUCAACAUUUUUAUGUCUUGAACUUAAUGCACAUCAUCUCACUUAUCUUACAUUACUAGUUGCUGAGAGUCAGCUACCACCUGAAACAUUGAAAAUAUCACUAUUCAGUUCUCAGACAUGUGAAAAUUUUUUUCGGAUUGACACGAUCAAUGUCUGA